UUCAUCCACAAUCUUUCGAAAUUAAACUCUACAAUCAAAAUCCGUCUUGUUUCCUCCUCUAUUUAUCAAAAUUUCGACAACGGCCUAUAUUGCGAAGCCAAAAAUUUGGGCAGCAAAAAUCACUCGUUGCGCUCUCUCAAUCAUCUUCUACUUUCUUCCUUCUUUGAUGGAUUUGCCUGUGAUCGAUUUGGCCUCUUAUCUAACGGCCUCAUCGGCACUCGCCGCCGGCUCUCCGAUCGACUUUUCGCCCCAACUCACUUCUCUGUGCGAGUUAGUCAGUCGGACUCUGAAAGAAACCGGCGCACUUCUGGUAAAGGAUCCGAGAUGCUCUGCCGAGGAUAACGAUCGAUUCAUUGAUAUGAUGGAAAGGUUCUUUGAAAAGCCAACUGAGUUCAAGCGUCUGCAAGCGAGGCCUCAUUUGCAUUACCAGGUUGGGGUAACGCCAGAAGGAGUGGAAAUCCCAAAAAGCCUGGUAGACGAUGAAAUGCAGGAAAAUAUAAGAGCAAUGCCCAAGGAAUUCCAACCAUUAUUUCCCAAGGGGCCGGAUCCCAAGUGGCGAUACAUGUGGAGAGUGGGUCCUCGCCCUUCAAAUACCCGAUUUAAGGAACUCAAUGCUGAGCCGGUUAUUCCUGAGGGUUUUCCUGAAUGGAAAGAUACCAUGGAUUCUUGGGGUGUCAAGAUGAUAUCUGCCAUAGAGGCUGUUGCGGAAAUGGCAGCAAUUGGGUUUGGCUUGCCCAGGGAUGCAUUCACUUCUCUGAUGAAGCAGGGACCUCAUCUUCUUGCUCCAACAGGAAGUGACCUUGAUCGUCAUGGUGAGGAGGGUACGGUCUUUGCAGGGUAUCACUAUGAUCUGAAUUUUCUGACGAUCCAUGGCAGAAGCAGAUUUCCUGGUCUGUAUAUUUGGCUGAGAAAUGGGCAAAAAGUUGAAGUCAAGGUUCCUAUUGGGUGUCUUCUCAUACAGACUGGGAAACAGAUUGAAUGGUUGACUGCUGGUGACUGCAUAGCUGGCAUGCAUGAAGUAGUUGUCACAAAAAGGACAAGGGAUGCAAUUAAGCUCGCAUCAGAGCAAAAUCGCAGCCUCUGGAGAGUCUCUUCAACUUUAUUUGCCCAUAUAGCAUCUGACGCUGUCUUGAAGCCUCUUGGCCACUUUGCUGAAUCUUCACAUGCCAACAAGUAUCCACCUAUGUUGGCAGGAGCAUAUGUUGAGAAAGAGCUUGCAGUGAUCAAUCUAAAAGGACAAAAAAGAGAAUCUUCGUAAUCAAACCUUGGAAUCAAGAGAGAAAUUUCCGUACAACACGUUUAAAUUAUAUGAGUCCUCCAUUCACUCGAGUGUAUUUUAUAUUUCAAAAGCUUGUAUGGAUAGUAUGGUUGGAAUCCUCCAUUGUUUUAUGUAAUUUAUAUUAACAGCCACAAAUGUUCUUGAA